AUGAAUAAUACAACGGAGGUUUCCAUUAAUAAUACGGACACCGGUGCUCCAAGGAGCGGUUACGAUUUACCAGUGUACGGUUUGUCAAAUGGAUCGUUUUACCGGAUUCAUAUUCCAGCUCUGUCAUGUAUUUCUUUAAGUCUUGUUUGCGUAAUCAUCGUCAUGGUUUUGUCAUAUUCUCACAAGAAUUUCAGGAAGUUCUUUUCUUGGGCAAAACGUGAUCGAUUUAUCAUUUAUCUUGCUAUUUGCGACGGUGGAUUUAACAUUUUUCAUGGCCUUGACCAUUUGCAUUACCUCACAACUAAGGAUCACAUUCGGCCUAAGAUAUUGUGCGAGUUUUAUGGCUUUCUUUUGACAGAAUUUAUUACAGCACAAAAUCUUUUAGUGAAUGUUGUCGCAAUUAAUGCUUUUAUUAUGAUGUUUUUCAACAAGAACUUAAACUUUGGUAGAUAUGAUUGGAAACUAUUGGCGUGGACAUUUGGUUUACCUUUUGUUGCCGCCAUUGCCGCUGCUUUUACGGGACAGCUCGGGCCAAACGGAACUUUUUGUCAGUUUGACGCCAUUACCGGAAGUGUAGCUUUCAUCCUGUUCACAACCGUUCCAACUGUUCUCAUCUUAUUGUUAACAGCGUUUUAUACUUGUUGACAUGGGAAAAGGAUUAGGAACAAGUUUCCGGAAUAUCCC